UGGCUUUACAAAGAAAGAGGAGCACUUCUUCCUCUGCCAGGCAGAGGAACACUUCUCAGUGGCAGUGGUCGGACCAUGACCUAGCUGAUCAUGAACUUGGAAGGGCUUGAGAUGAUAGCAGUUCUGAUCGUCAUUGUGCUUUUUGUUAAAUUAUUGGAACAGUUUGGGCUGAUUGAAGCAGGUUUAGAAGACAGCGUGGAAGAUGAGCUGGAGAUGGCCACCGUCAGGCAUCGGCCUGAAGCCCUGGAGCUGCUGGAAGCCCAGAGCAAAUUUACCAAGAAAGAGCUUCAGAUUCUCUACAGAGGAUUUAAGAAUGAAUGUCCCAGUGGUGUUGUCAAUGAAGAGACCUUCAAAGAGAUUUACUCCCAGUUCUUCCCACAGGGAGACUCUACCACGUACGCACAUUUCCUGUUCAAUGCAUUCGAUACAGACCACAAUGGAGCUGUGAGUUUUGAGGACUUCAUUAAGGGCCUUUCCAUUUUGCUUCGGGGGACAGUACAAGAAAAACUCAACUGGGCGUUUAACUUGUACGACAUAAAUAAAGAUGGCUACAUCACUAAAGAAGAAAUGCUGGAUAUCAUGAAAGCAAUAUAUGAUAUGAUGGGUAAAUGCACAUAUCCUGUCCUCAAAGAAGAUGCUCCCAGACAACAUGUUGAGACCUUUUUCCAGAAAAUGGACAAAAAUAAAGAUGGGGUUGUUACCAUAGAUGAGUUCAUUGAAAGUUGCCAAAAAGAUGAAAACAUAAUGCGCUCCAUGCAGCUCUUCGAAAAUGUGAUUUAACUUGUCAAAUAGAUCCUCAAUCAACAGACAAAUGUGAACUACUCUACCACACUUAAAGUUGGAGCUACCACUUUUAGCAUAGAUUGCUCAGCUUUCUACUGAGGCAUAUUAUGCAAACAAGCUUUGUUUUAAUCUAAAACAAACCCUGAAAGAUUUGAGUUUUCCAGCUAUAAUUUGCAUCUUUUUCAUAAUGGCACUGAGUUCAUGAGAUGUUCUAACUCAUUUCAUACUCUGUGAAUAUUCAAAAGUAAUAGAACCUGGCAUAUAGUUUUGAUUCUUUAGUCGUGGAAUUGAGGCUUUCACAUAUUAAUGAUUUUAAAAUAUCAGUGUUUUUUGCUAUUCAUUUGUAUGUAUUCAGUCCUAGGAUUUUAAAUCAUUUUCUAAAAUAUUUACAUCUGUAUUUAAUUUCCAGAAAUUAAUUUCAUUUACUUACAUUUAUAUAACAUUAACAAAGUAAGAUUACAAUUAAAAGCCAAAAACACAUAACUCAAUUUCUAUAGAUUUCCCACCUUCUGUUAAAGACAUUACUUUAUCUGACAUUUUUUAUAACAAAUUAGUUUAUUACCAGAUGUUAGCAUAUGCCUGAUACUUAUUUUAGUAAGCACUUCCUAAUUUUCCAUAUAACAUAUUACAGCAAAGGCCUAGAAAAUAUGUACAUUUUGGAUUUGUUUAAUCUUACAGGUGGACUGUAUCAAGUAUGCCAUUAAGUGGAAGUUCAGAACAAGGAUGUUUACAGACAUAGGCAAAGGGUCAGGAUAUCUGUCCUCCUGUACACAGUAACGCUUAGUAAAAAGUAAUCCUUAGCAGCAUUAAAGACCGAUUCCAUCUCCUUUGCCCUGACUUCCCCACAGCAUGUUUAUAUUGCAAGCCCUCUGGGAUCAAAGAAACCUUGGUCACCCAAAGCUACUAGGAACGAAGAGCAAGCAGAAUCCAUUUUGAAAACAACAGUGAUUCUAUCAUAUUGACAACCACUACCAAGAGUUCACAGAAAAAGAAUAUCAAUGUUGAACUCAUCUGGAUUGCAUUACAAUUUAGCUCAACAUAGAACUCCAAUAAUUCAGAUUCUUCCUAACAAUUGUAAGCCAAAACUGUAAAGUUGCCACGACAGUACUAUAGAUACACACAUCUUCUGUUUGGUAGAACUAUCAAAGACCAAGAGGCUGCAGGAGGAUGAAAUCUGCAAUUGUCUUUGCAACAAUAAAUCAGGUAUCUAUUCUGGUGUAGAGAGAGGAUGUUGAACGCUGCCCUGCUACCACCAGUGUAGAAAUUAAGAGUAGUACAAUACAUGUACACUGAAAUCUGCCAUCGCGUGUUUGUGUAAACUCAAUGUGCACAUUUUGUAUUUCAAAAAGAAAAAUAAAAGCAAAAUAAAGUGUUUAUAACUCUAUCAUGUUCUGGAUCUUUGUUCUAACCAACUUUGUAAUGAAUUACUAGAUUUAAAACAUUACUUUUUUGCAGCACUUUCAGAUUGUAGAU